AUGAAGUCAUCCUACAUUCUCUCAGGUGCCCUCUCUGUCUGUUCUCUAGUGUCGUCAGCGCCUACCAACGACCCCGAGAAGCCAGCAAUCAGAUUCAGCAUGUACUGCUAUACCGAAGAAGCAAGGCGAAACUGUCGCAAUGGAAGAUCUAGGUGCAAUGAUAACGGCGAUGUUCAGUCUGUCAUGAAUCUCUGUCGCAUGAACUGCUCCUGCCUCCCUGUUGCGGGAUGUGGUAUCAUUUGCAAGCAGCAGCAGCAGCAGCAGAGCAAAGGCGAGGCCGAAGAAGAGGACAAGCAGAAGGAAAAUGAAGCAGGCAUGUAG